CUUCGCUGACUCGUCCAAAGGAGGGAUGUACUCCCGGCCGGGCUGCGCGCUCGCUGCCUCUCCCCUCAUGGGAUUGCCUGCACUGAGAGGCUGGAGUUGGAGCGCUUAGCUCCCGCGGAGCCGGGAGAAGACGGAGGGGGAGCAAAAUUAAUACACAGAUAUACACAGAGAGACCCAUACAGUCCUUCUGCUGCACUUGCUGCUCGCCCUUCAGUCCCGCGAGGGGGCGGCUCCGGCCGGCGCCCAGACCAAGGGCUGGGAAUGAUGUUGAAUCCAUGCAUCUUAGACUCCGUAGGAUAUAGAUGGAGAAACUGGAGCAGAGAGUUAUUUCAGUAACUCAAUUCUUUUACCUGCUUACAAUGACUGAAUAAUAGAACUGGAAGUAGAGCCUCAUCAUUUAACUGGACGAAGCUGUGCCAUCCUCAGGGACAUAUCAAAAGGUGGACUGGAACCUCUGGGAAGAUUUAAAGUUAACUGUUAUUUGGUGGUGGCCUGAGGAAAUAAUAUCAACCCUGAUGUUGUCCUGAAACUCAUGUCCAAAGUUCAAAACUAUCGGAACUGCUAAGAUGCCUCAGGAACAGUAUACUCACAACAGGAACAAUAUGCAGAGCUCUGAAGGACCGCAGGUAUACAAAGUAGGGAUUUAUGGCUGGCGGAAGAGAUGCCUCUAUUUCUUUGUUCUUCUCCUAAUGAUUUUAAUACUGGUGAACUUGGCUAUGACCAUCUGGAUUCUCAAGGUCAUGAACUUCACAAUUGAUGGAAUGGGAAACUUGAGAAUCACAGAAAAAGGUCUAAGGUUAGAAGGAGACUCAGAAUUCUUGCAACCUCUCUACGCCAAAGAAAUCCAGUCCAGACCAGGCAACCCACUGUACUUCAAAUCUGCCAGAAAUGUUACAGUGAAUAUACUCAAUGACCAGACUAAAGUCCUUACUCAGCUUAUCACAGGUCCCAAAGCAGUAGAAGCUUAUGGAAAAAAAUUUGAGGUGAAAACCGUCGAUGGAAAAUUGUUGUUUUCUGCAGAUGACAAUGAAGUAGUGGUUGGAGCAGAAAGGUUAAGAGUCUUGGGAGCGGAAGGCACAGUGUUCCCUAAAUCUAUAGAAACGCCUAAUGUGAGGGCAGAACCCUUCAAGGAACUAAGACUUGAGUCUCCUACCCGUUCCUUGGUGAUGGAAGCCCCUAGAGGAGUGGAAAUCAAUGCUGAAGCUGGCAAUAUGGAAGCCACAUGUAGGACAGAGCUCAGGCUGGAAUCCAAAGAUGGAGAGAUCCAGUUAGAUGCUGCCAAAAUCAAACUACCUAGACUGCCUCGAGGAUCUUAUUCCCCUACAGGAACCCGGCAAAAAGUAUUUGAGAUCUGUGUCUGUUCCAAUGGAAGACUCUUCCUGUCUCAGGCAGGAAGUGGUUCUACCUGUCAGAUCAACACCAGCGUCUGCCUCUGAGAAAGACUGAGUUUCACGGACAGUGGAGGAUGGCACUGGGGCUGGUUUUUGGUCUCAAUGAACACUUGCUGUGGACUCUUGACUAGAACCCAGAAAGCAUCUUGGAGACCUUUUUUGGUGCGUGUGUGUGCGUUGUGAAUGUGUGUGAGGGUGGGGCUAUGAGACAUAUAUAUUGAUAGAUAUAAAUAAAUAUAUAUAUAAAUAUAAAUAUAUAGAUAGAUAGAAAUAGAAUCCUCUGUAUAAAAGAAGGUUUCAGUACAAAAGGAUCCAAGGGUGACCCCCCAGUUACACAUUAUCAAUCUCUCACAUCUAAAUUCAACCUCAAUCGCAGACUAUCAGACUGGAUAUCCCCAGACUCCUGAAACCCAACAACAAUGCAAAGUCUGCCAUGCCAUGCCAUAGACUGGUGAGAUCCCUUUAACAUCAUGAAAUUCCAUUUGCAUCAGCCAAAAGCGGGACUCUACAUUUUGUGAAGGGUGAUAAGGCAACCCUUCUUUCUUGUGAUGGUCCUGGGAGAUUUGGAACAUCCAAUUCUGCACUUCAAGGCAGAGCAGGGAUGGGAACCUAAGAAGCCCAUGUCUUAUUCUUGACCAUGUUGUGGGUUCUCAGUGGAGUAGGUUCAGGUUUUAGACUAUUCUCCUCAUUCACAUGAGCCCAGUAUCUCAGUAUGGUAUUCCUUACCAAGUAAGAUGAGUCUACUGCCUCAUCCAGGAUGCUGUGGCCAAUUUAAGAGAUAGCUAUAUUAGAAAGUAGGAAACUAGCUCAAAUUGUGAGUUGCAAAACCUCUUCAUUCUUAGCAAGGAGGUUGUCAGUUUGUUUCUAGAUUUCUCUAUUCUAGAGAAAAUAUCAUAAAGUGGCCGAUGUUUAAGAUAUGUCCAAGAAGUGAAAGUAUCACAUUGGUCUACAUUCAGAGGGUACACCCUGUGAAUGAAAUAAUUUUCUUUGAGGCAUAAAAUAAGAUGCAGGUUUUAUUCAUCAGAAAAUGUACAAUUAGUCAUUAGCCAUUUAAAGGUUUGUUUGGUUUUUAUAAUUAUCUGGAUUAAGGAAGAGGAUAAAAUCGAUCCAUUUUGGCCACUUGGGUAAAGGAAAGAUUGGGAGAGAAUAUAUCAAAGGAUAAGCUACUAAGAGAUAAGAUCUAACAAAGGUUAAGUACAAUCAAAAAAGCGCUUCCUCAAAGUCUGUGAGUGGACUAGAUUUUUCAGUGCAUUUUCUCACAAAGAUUUAGCUCCGAUCUACUCCAUCUAAGAUCUAGCUUUGGCAACAUAUUGGCAACAUACCAGAAAGGUCAAAUCUCUAUUUUCAUUGAGUCAAUAUGCAAUGCAAUCUUUUUAUCAGAUGCAUAUAUCCUGUUGUUAAUGCCAAUGUUUCUUUCCUGCCCUGUUGGACUUAUUGAUUAUUGGGAAGAAGUUGGACAGGGAAUGGGGGAUUCAGAGAGGAGAACAGCUUUAAUUCUAGUAGAAGUAUGAAAUCUCCCAGAGCCAUUGGUGCUGCCACACAUCCAGACUGGCUGUCACCAUACACUCCCAGCCAUCAGCUAAUUGAUUAUGUCUAUGGCCAUCUUCCUACCACUGUCAAUGUGAGGGGUCACCCUGGAUUGCGGUUGUACUGGGACAAGGGACUGUACUGUCUCUGUUCAAAGAGGGGCAAAUCUGUGCCUAUGCCUUAAAGUCAAUGCACUCAGCAAGGAGAAGCACAUCUCAUUUAUCCUGUCAUUUGAUGUCAUUUAUUAAUUUAGCCAAGGGGGCAGGGGCAGGGAAUGGGAUUGUCAGA